UAUUAUUAAUAAUAUAUAAUAUCUGAACUACCUUUAUGCUUUUUCAUUCAUUAAAAGUUUCCAUAUAUCAGAUGAAUCCAGUUACUCAGAAAAUGCACAGAAUGGUACAUUUAAUGAUCUUCCCUGCAAACACAACUGAGAUGAACACGAAUGAAGAUGUUUUUAUGUUUAAGUUAUGAGAUGGAGUAGCCCACGUUGGGCACUGCUGUUUCUCACCAACAAAAUCUCAGUGGCUUGUGGCGAAUGUCAAUUUGUGAACUUCCUUUCAGGUUUCCGAUUGUUUGAGUCUGUGUGCUCGAUGUGAAUUCAUACUUUUUAAGACUUUUUAACACAAUGGAAUGUCUAUUUUUGUUGCUCCUCUUCUGUCAUGGUGCAUCUUCAGUGACUCACAGACUGAGUGUUUACUUCACUGGAUCGCUGGGAGACAGAAACCUGCCAGAGUUGGUUGGUGUUGCAAUGGUUGAUGAAGUUGGAGUUCUUUACUGUGACAGCAACAUCCAAAGAGCAGAACCCAGACAGAACUGGAUGACAAAGCUGAUGGAAGACGACCCAACACAGAUAGACUGGUACAACAAUGAGUGUCGGGAAAGUCACAGCUUCUUCAAUAACAUCACGAAGGAUGUGACGUUAAACUUUAACCAGACAGAAGGUGUCCACACUAUGCAGAGAAUGUUUGGCUGUGAAUGGGACGAUGAGACUUCAGUGAUUGGUGGUUUUGAUCAGUUUGGCUACGAUGGAGAAGACUUCAUAACGUUUAAUUUGAACUCAAAGACGUGGAUCGCUGUGAGAGCUGAGGCUGCCAUCACCAAACAUAAGUGGGAAUCAAACAGAGAUGGAUUAUCACACACAGUUGAUCAUCUCACUCAGCUUUGUCCCGAGAGGCUGAGGAGGUUUUUGAACUACGGGAGGAGCUUUUUGAUGAGGAAAGAAGUCCCCUCAGUGUCUCUCCUCCAGAAGACUCCCUCCUCUCCAGUCAGCUGCCACGCUACAGGUUUCUACCCUGACAGAGUCAUGAUGUUCUGGAGGAAAGAUGGAGAGGAGAUUCAUGAAGGAGUGCAAUGUGGACGGACCCUCCCCAACCAUGAUGGAUCCUUCCAGAUGAAUGUUGACCUGAACAUUUCAUCAGUCUUACCUAAAGACUGGAAGAGGUACGACUGUGUUUUUCAUCUCUGUGGUGUGAAGGACAUCAUCAUCGAACUGGAUAAAGCACAGAUCAGAACCAACCGGAAGCUGAGCUCCAGUUGUUCUGUUCACUCAUUCACUCACUCAGGAUUUCCUGUCCUGUGGUGAACAGCGUCUUCCUGUUGGUGACAACAAGACCAAGAUUUUGAUGUGUUGGAGCAUACUGCAAGGGUGUUUAUUUUUACUGCACUACUUUCACAGAGUUCAGUUAACUGUCAGUGGAAGACAGUUGUGGAAAUCUUGUCUUGAAUCUUGAAUUUGUCUAAACAUGUAAUCACUGGUGAGAUAAGACAGGGGUCCAGAAAACAUUGCAGAGGUACGAUAUUAUAUACAGUAAUGUUUUGAUGUUUUGGCAAAGUUCAGACUGAAGCUGAACCAUCAGAAACAUGUUCAGACCAAUGUUGUUUUCGUCAAUGAUGACGAUGUUGUCACCCGUGUUUUCUCGCCGAUAACGUAACAGUUACGAGCUAAACUCUUUGAUGACUAAAUCAUGAUGAGAUGAAACUGGGCGUAAAUGUUAGUGGGUGCUCUGUCAUGACAUUUCUGCUGAUUGUUUGUCAAAAGCUAAAAAGUAUCAGCAAUGCUGCUGCAUCUUAUCUUUGUUUGGUCACGUCCACCAUGCACCAUUCUGCACAACACACCUGCAGCCGGUCACUGGUAACACACAUGGACACACAAUUGAGUUUAUUAAUGCAUUAUUAUCGUACGAUGUUACCCAACAAUCAGCUUGUGAUGAAUUUCAUCAUUUAAAGCUAAAAGUUUUCCACAUAACUCCUGGUGCAAAUGGGCUGCUAACAUCAGGCUAAAGUUUGCUUGGUUGCGCUAAUGUCAGUUAGCUUUUUGUGUGCUACUGUCACGUUUAGAACAUGCAGGGAUUUUUGGCCUGGCAAGUAUAACACAUGGUCAUAUUGACCCAUGUCCAAGUGACUAAAACAUGGAGGAAAAUGUCGCAUUUCAGACCUGUUGCUGUUCUCCAUGUGUCUAAAUGAACAGCACACUACUAUAGCUAAUGUAACGUUUAGCAGCAUGUUUAGCUAUGUUUACAUUCAAUGACUGUCUGGUAGACAAGGUCAAGUUGAGCGUGAGUUCCUCAUCCAUGGCUCAUAUUUUGGGCAGGUGUAUGUUCAUUUGACUUUAGCAAAUUCUCAGAAAUAAAACCAAAGUAAGGUUGGAAUAAUUAACAUUGAUUCCACUGUUACCACUUCAUCUUGUGAUGCAUAACAGCAGAUCAGAAAGUAUUUGCUGUUGGGUGGAAACCUUGUAUGUCUAAAACCAUUUAUUUACUAUUGUAAUUAUUGGUGAAAACGGCCGAUCCACAAACUCGCAAUGUGUCGCAAUGUGUUGAUUUUGUAGAUCUGAUAAUUUCACAACUUUUAUGUGUAUGAUGCAGUAGGGCAUCAAUUCAUGAUUAAAUAACACAAGAUGGAAUAUGGAUAUAAAAGGUUUCUGCCCAACAGUACAGCAUCUCCAUCAAUGGGAAAGUCUAGAUGAGAGCUGUAAAUCUGGUGGGAAUCUGGUUAUGAUACAAAAGCGUUAAAUGUAACUGUCGUUUUAGGAAUUGCAACACUUGAUCCAACCUGUCAACAUUGAUUCCAAUUUCCAAUACUUAUUUACCAUUUAAUUAAUUAAUUAAUUAAUUAAUUUAAGACUAACACUUUUUUUUAUCGAAACUAAAACUAGACUAAAGCUUUUUUGAGUUUUCGUCGACUAAAGCUCGAAAUGACUAAAAUGUGAGCAUUUUCAUCCAGAAGACUAAGACUAAAUCUAAACAGGCUGCCAAAAACACUGGUUCAGACGUUUGAGGCUGAAGUGUAAAUGUCCUGUCAUCCCAAUUCCAGGUGAUCUUUUAAUAGUCAGAGUUGUACUACUGCUCGUGAUGGUGGUCAUAAUCAGUGGAUGCAUCAUCUGGAGGAGGAAACGGUGAGAGGAGAAAACAACAACGUCUUUGAAUAUUUCAAUCCUGUCAUAGUGUUGAAUCAAUGAUGAUAAUCUCUUAUUUGUAUUCAUGGAUUCAUAUCUACCAAC